AUAACGUUAUCUGUGAAACUGAAGGCCAAUGAAGGAUGACUUGGCGCAAGACUAUAGUAGGUCUUGUUGUGUACAAUGUAAACAAGCCCAGUCUUGCGCCCAGUCAUCGAUAAGGGCUAUUUAAGGAACCAAUAAGGCCAUGCGCCUCAUUUAUCAACUAGGUGUACACGUACGUUGACAGUGUGAUCGCAAUGUUGUUUAAAGAAAUAUCGUUAAUUCUCGCGAGUGUCGUGACCGUGUACUGUAUUAACGACUGGAAUGUUCUUAAUCUUUACAAACAUUGGUCACAUGGCGACGGGACGUACUAUGGCAAAGGUGAAGGAGGGGCGUGUUCUCUGAAUCCCCAUGGGGGCUUACCGCCUGUUUCCAAGCACGUGGACAAACUCGUCGCCUUGAAUAACCCACAGUUUUUCGGCUCGUCAAGCUGCGGCCUUUGUGUAAGGGUUCACGGAAGUGGACAAGGCUCUGGAAAUACACCAAUCAGAGGUGCCUUCACAGCCUACGUCAUAAAUGUGUGUCCUGAAUGCCAUGCUGGUUCGGUUGACCUUGCCGAGAAUGGUGAUGGUCGAUGGAAGGUCGAUAUCAGAGCCAUUCAGUGCCCGGUCGGAGACUCGAAAAUAGAGUACAGGCUAGAGGGCAGCAAUGACUGGUACAUCAAGUUACAGGUUCGAAACGAAAGAAUGCCAUCUACUACCGUAGAGAUGUUCCAGCCCCAGCAUAACGUCUGGUUAUCGCUAAGCCGAACGAGCGACGGAUUCUGGAACUUCCCAAAUGAUGGGAGAGUCCAGAGGCCGAUCCAAAGACCUAUUAGACUCCGGCUCCAUGCGCCAAAUGGCCAUGUUCUUGAGGACACUGUGAACCCACCUUGGAUGGGUUACCAAGGCGUUUUCCCUGGUACCGGUGUACAGUACCCUCUGGACCAAAAUCUUCCUCACUGAAGAACCGCCGCAUGAAUCUGUACAAUUAUAUAUAUUAUAUCUCAAUCGCUUAUGUCUGUUACAUUAUAAGAAUGAAUUCUGAGUCAGUUAUGUCUAUUUCAUUUUAAAUUUCAGUCGCCUAUGGCUGUUUUGUUAGAGACAUGAAAUCUCAGUCGCUUAAUUAUGUCUUAAAUCAUAGAAAAUAAAACUGAGUCGGUUAUGUUUAUAAAUACAUGUAUAUGAAAAAGAAAAUAUCAUUAAAAAACUAGGUGUCAAUUAUCUAACUUAAAUACACGAUUUUUCAUCGAGUUUAGAGAACUCAAUCUUUUUAGAGUGCAAAGCGCUAGGGAAGUUGGUAAUAUACUUCCUUAUUCGGUGACACAUAAACAGUCAUUUAGUACGAACAAGGAAAUAAAUGAUGUAUACUAUUCUCUGCCGCACACAAGCAAUUUGUUUUGUUUAUUUUACAAGCAUACCGUCGGUCUCAAUGGAAAAUAACGCCAUUCAGCUUUUGGACAACUGAAGUAACAUUAUUUUCCAUCGAGACCGACUAACGAUAUGUCACACAAACAGCAAUGAUCAGUAUGUCCAUUAUAUAUUUAAGUAACAUAAUUAAUAUGUAUUUUUGUGAACGUAGAAAAAAUAAUUUUGUCCGUCGAUAUUUUGGGAAUUGAAUAAACAAUACAUUUAAAACGAAUUUCAGACAUUUUAUAAAGUGUGUUCCCUUAGUCAUAGAUAUUAGCUCCACCAAUGCCUUUGAAUAUUUAAAACCGUUUCGAAUAUUAAGCCUUUUAACAAAGUACAAAGUACGUGCAUAUCCUUCGAAACAAUUAAACAUUGUUUUUAAGUAAUAUGCGAAUAAACGUUUAAUAAGAUGUUGAAGAUAUUUGUAGUGGGACAAAGCUAUGGUGAACUUGAUAAUUAUUGUUUAAUUGUUUAAAAAAAUUCUCAUGAAACAAAAAAAAUUGAAAUGCGAAAUGUGGGUGUCAUGUUGAGUUUUAAUACUUGUGUCAGUCUUUACAAAAUAAGGUUGAAAUUAGAAAACGAAAUCUAAAUCAUAAAAGACCAAUUACCAUCAUGUAACCGUUAAUAGAACACAUUUGUAUUAUAUCGAAACUAAUAAUACAAGGAAAUUAAAAUUGCUUACAUUAUUCGAUAAUAGCUCAAGACCAAUUGCGUUCUCUCCCUUUCUUCUAUCAAUAUUGUUUGUUUCCAGCUAUUUUCAAAGGAAAUGAAAACAACAUAAUACAAGGUGCAUGAAAUAAUAUAAGCUUAUAUAAAAUUAUAGCGUUUAUGAUAAAACCUGUUUUAAAUAUUUGAUGUUUUAUGAGUUAUAUUAUGACCUGCAUUGUGUAUAAUGAAAACUGGAAACAAAAAUAAAACAUGUAUGACUUUUCAGAUGAA